GAAUUGGAAAACAGAGACAGGAAAGAGAAAACAGGAAACAGGGAGAGAAAAAGAGGAGCAGAGUGAACAGAGUCAAGUCGUAUCAGAAAUAGAAAGCAUGGAACAAGGCCAACAAUCUGCACCCGGUUCACCAAAGACAGCCCCUCCACCGAAAUCGUACGUUUUGUUCAUGAAUAUCAUGAGCAAAAGGAGAACAUGGGUAUGUCUCUUUGUGCUAGUGUACGCCAUAAUUCUGUCUUGUUCAUGUAAUUUCCUUAAAUCCAUACUGUCUUGGUACAAAAUCCAAGCCCAGCACUCUUCUUCGGCUUCUGGGUGGCCGGCUCUGUAUGCGUCAGUGCUUCUUGGCGCGGUUUUUGGGGCGCUGUCGAUGGUAGCAGCUCUGGCUGUGGCUGUGCCAGCUACUUUGGUAAUAUGGAUUACUAUUGUAGUUUUGUUGGCUUUCUUUGGGAAGCCUAAGAGGACUUUGAUGGUAGAGGGGAGGAAGAUUACGAAAGAGAUUAUUGUGUUUUUGUUCAAGAUUUUGUUGAAGGAAGGAAAUCUUGUGGCCGCCGUUUGUGCUGUUUUGGGAUACUAUGCUCUUGUUCGACAAAAUUCCGGUGAGAUAUCAAGUUGAAAGGUUGAGGUACUGUGGGUGAUCUUUGUUUAGCAUUUUAGUUGGUAUGAGUUUUUGUUGGAUAUGAGGGAUGGAGGAUGGAAAUUUUUCAUAUGGGUGGGAUUUGGGAAAGUUUACCACUUUUCCUAUAACAUAUAUGGAGUUUAGUUUAGGAGAUGUUAAAUUGGAAGGGUUUUAUGUAGCACUGGUUCUGCAAAUGUUCUUUAGUUCUAAGUUCUAAUGUAACUUCAUUUUUUUUUUUUUUAAUCAGCAAAUCUAAUGUAACUUCUUGCUAAUGGAAUUGACUAAGCUAUUUAAUUCGUUCUUAAUUUAUUUUCAUGGAAAGUUUACUACUAUUAUAUAAGACUCGUUAUAGAACUUAUCUGAAUAUGGAAUCUGUAUUACUUAAAUUUUCUCACAGAGUUUUGAGCAGGUUGAUCUACGAUAGAAUUAUUUGUGGUAAGUGCUAAAGUGAGUGAUAUAAAGACAGGAUUAAGUU